AUGUCUAAGCAAAGUGAACGAAGACUUAAACAGAAAUACAUCGAAGGCUUUCGGUAUUUUGCUCAGAUAAGCAAACUAUAUUCAAUGCUUGUAGAUGACAAAAAUAGGAGUUGUUUGUUCUAUGGAAGCACUCUGCAGAAAUCCAUCCGACAAGAUCCUUCUUGUAGCACUCUUAAACAUAAUUCGAAGAAAAUUCCUCUUCAGCUUCUGGUUACGGUUGAAUUUGUGGAUAAAAAGUCAAUUCAUGAAAUGGGUGGACAUGAUGAUGCGAUUGUCAUAAAUUCACACAUGGGUGGUCAUCAUGCAUUGAGGGAUGGGCGAAGACACGCAAGAACAGCAGCUCCCGUCACCACCACAAAAUGCAAGGAAAGACUCAACCAUGACAGAGACACGAAGAACAACAUGAAGGCACCAGAGUAG